ACCGGGCAGUCACAGCACUCGCGCGACGGGAAUCGCUUCGGGAGACUCGACUGUCGACCGCAGGCUAGUGAUCGCUGCCAGACCUGAGAUACCAGGAACAGGCCGGUUUAUCGAACGCCCCGGAUUUGUUUGGUCGGAGGACAUCCUUCCCAGAGCACCGGCAAGAUGACGUUGAAGGAGGAAUUCGCGACGCGCAACUUCAGUAUCUACGGGCAAUGGCUCGGUAUCCUCACCAUGAUCCUCUGCUUCGCGCUCGGCAUCGCGAACCUCUUCACCCUCCGCGUGCUGAUCAUCAUCCUCAGCGCAGUAUGCCUAGCCUCCUCCUUCGUGAUCCUCUUCAUCGAGGUGCCGCUGCUGCUGCGCAUCUGCCCGACGUCGUCCAAGUUCGACAACGCGAUCCGCAAGAUCACGACCAACUACAUGCGCGCGGCCGCCUACGCCAUCAUGGCCGUCGUGCAGUGGCUGACCCUCAUCGACCGCGCCACCUCGCUCAUCGCCGCCGCCGUCUUCCUCUCCCUCACGGGCAUCUGCUACCUCCUCGCCGGCAUCAAGGGCCAGGCCUUCGUCGGCAGCAAGACCCUCGGCGGCGCCGGCGUCGCCCAGAUGAUCGUAUGAGCGGGGGUUUUAUGUGUGUGUGACACUCGGCUCGGUUCGUUGCGGGUUUUUAAGGGGAGGGGAGGGACGGGGGUGAGGAUGGGGAGUGGUUGGUUGGUUACAGGGUGGGACAGAGGCGAGGCCUAGGGGGGAAAGGCGAGGAGGCAGAUGAUGGAGGGCCUGGUGCCUUUCUUCGCCUU